CUGUAUUGUUGAAAGCAGAGCAUUUCACAACAAGCAAGCAGAAGGCGAUAACCCAAUCCUGUAUGGCAUUGUCCAGCCAACAAGCAAAGAGCAACUUGUUAAUGCACCAGCAUGGCAGUUUAUGACAAUCCCUAUAAACAAUGGAGCUGAAAAGCUAUUGUUAAGAGGGGACUGCGAGGGCCAGGUGAUACUUUGGAGGCUGGCAGAUGUGUCAGACCACCAGUUGAACCAGAUCCUGCAGGUGCAACCCUUCCAACCUCUGGUUUUCACACCUACACUCAACCACUCCAUGAUGACUGCCUGGGCUGCAAUGAUGCCUCCACCAAUAGGUGUUUUGGAUCAGUUGGAAGGCGAGAAAAACCCGCCGAGAAUCACAGCCAGCUUGUUUCUUCCACUACAAGGACGCCUUGCAUGUGGUCGUGAAGAUGGUUCCAUUAUCCUAGUUCCUGCUACAGAGACCAUCAUGUUACACCUCCUACAUGGGAAACACCAGCACUAUCACAAUUGGGCUCAGCCUAUGGUUCUUCGUGGCCACCAAGGGCGAGUCAACUGCCUUCUAUAUCCUCAUGGAGAAAGCUCACGUUAUGACAUGGCACAUCUUGUUUCGGGAGGAAUAGACUUUUCCAUCAAUGUGUGGGACAUGUACACAGGCAAUCUAGUACACAGAUUUGUUGUUCAAGCAGGACAAAUUCUCCAGCUACUUGUACCUCCUCCCACAUGUACCCCACGCAUACAGAAUUGCAUUUGUAGCAUAUCAGAAGACCACAGUGUUGCACUUCUAAGUAUAAAGGAACGAAAGCUAGUGCUGUUAGCCUCCAAGCACCUCUAUCCUGUUUUGACGGUGAAAUGGAGGCCUGAACAUGACUUCUUAAUGGUUGCUACACAAGAUGGAUCUGUUUAUGUCUGGCAGAUGGAAACAGGUCACCUUGAUCGGGUACUACAAGGCGUUACUGCAGAGGAGGUGCUUGGUGCUUGUGAUGAGCAUUCGGCGGCACCAGGGAGUGGUGCUGGAGGAGGCUCAGAUGCUGGUCUAGCCAACCCAGCUGUUCACCUGUUCAGAGGUCUGAGACAUCGUAAUUUAGCGGCCAUUAGACAUGCAGCCCAGCGUGGUAUACAACAAGUUUUAGGAGAACAAAACAAUUACCAAGACAUUCAUGAUAGCUCCAAGAUGCGCACUUGUCCACUCAUGAUCCAAGGCCUCCGCACAAACAAACAAGAUGCCAAUUCUCAUGUUCUCUUCUUUGACAUCGAAGCUCUUAUAGUUCAACUCCUGAGUGAUGAAUAUACACUGAUGUCUCCGGGAACUCUGGAAGCCAAUGAGUUGAUCAUGAGCAGUCAGUAUCAGCGCAUGAACGUGCUCACACACCCAGCAUCUCCUGAGGCUGCGAAAAAGAUAGCAGCAUUCUCUCUAGUUGAAGAGUUCUUCGGGAAAGUGAAGGAUAAAGCAGGAGAGAUGGAGAAGAAGAUGAAGGAAAAGGACAAGCAUGUGUACCAGGGAACUGUUUCACAGCACAGUAGUAAAUUGCAGUAUGGCUUGCUGUCGAGGGUCAAGGAAUCAGCCGAGAGUGUCCAGAAUUUGAUACAGAACAAGGUGGAUCAGUCCGGAUUCCGACCCACUACGCUCAGCUCAGCAAAGGAUGGCAGUAGUGGUCGUGUGCAAAUCCCCCGUCAUUUGGAUGUCACAGCCCAGACAUUGCAGAUUGGUCAGGUGCUCAUGUCUCUCCUUCACUCUUGGGGCCUUGAUCCCUCCCUGGAUCAGACAUGCGAGCAUAUAUUAGGCCUCCUGAAACCGAGAGUUCCAGUUUCCUAUGGUCUCAUUUCUAAAUCAGGGUAUAUGUCACUUUUAAUGCCAACUUGGCAUCCAGUGCGAGAUUCAGAGAUGCCUGCAAUUAAUUUACCACCAGACCUAGCUGCUGAACUCCCCCCAGAGAUGGUCAAACUAGAACACAGGACGCAAGUCUUCACGGGUCGAGGUCACUGGGAGAUUUCUCCUGCUCUUACCACACACCAUCUACUUGCACUUGUGUCAGUAGCAAACACUUUGCAGGACAUGAAUGCAGCAACACUCAUCCCAGAACAGGAACGUAGGCGCAAAAAUCACAUUCAAAGUUCUAAGGCCAACCAAUCAGUAAACAGUCAUGAAGAUGAUUUCUCUCGGCAGCAGUCAAUUAUAAAGCAGGGCUGGUCAACCUUAACAGCCCUGCACACAGUAUUAUUGCCUGAUUGUGUAGUUGCAGCUGGAGCCAAUACUUACCAGCCUCCAAUGGUGGAGAUUCUUGCUCGAAGAUGGCAAGAUCGAUGUCAAGAGGUUCGAGAAGCUGCACAAGCGUUGCUUAAGACAGAACUCUCAAGAAUGGGCGUUGAAGGUCGCCAAAAGUUAGUAGAGAGCUGGACACCCCACUUGCCAUCCCACAUGGAACCCCUUCCCACUGGACCAUCCCAUUAUAACAACCAUCAGGAACCGCCUCAUACACCACGGCUAGAGCAACAAAUUAACAAAGCAAAUACAGCGACUCCUCAAGCUACAAGCAAUGGCACAAGUGGGAACACAACCACUAGUGCUGGUACCAGUGAGCGUGGCAUGGAACCUCAUCCACAGCUUGAUGAGGAUCAUUAUGAUGAGGAGAUGGAUGGAGAAACAUGCCGUGAAGUGGUAGCGCAGUCUGAAGGGCGGAGGAAGCAGGCCACUGCAAUCAUUCUCUUAGGGGUUAUUGGUGCUUACCAUGGCCAGGAUUCUGCAGAAGGAUUUGGCUUAGGCAACCUAGCUAUGCAGACUAGUAAAGCCUUAGCAUACUUGGUAUUGGCACCAUCUUGUCCAAAACUGCCUGGGCACACGCCACUUAGAAGAGCUGCUAUUGAUCUGAUUGGUCGUGGAUUUCCUGUUUGGGAGCCUUAUCUGGAUGUAGCUAAGAUAUUACUGGCACUACUUGAUUUUUGUGCUGAUACAGAUCGUUUAGCUCCCAGUAUGAAAUAUGGAUUGCCGCUCAUCCCAGAGGCAGACUCUUGCCGAACUUCCUCCAACGCAUUAACACUUAUAGCAGAAGCAAGACCCCCUGCCUUCAUCACUACCAUGGCUCGAGAAGUUGCCCGCUUUAAUGCUCUGCAGCAGAAUGCUCAGAGCCUCCAGCUUAACAUACACAAUACAGUACUACAUCGUGCAAAAACCGAGAUUUUGAGAGUGAUGGAGUACCUCAUAGUUCACAAAAGAUGUCACAUAAUGGACCUCAUGGUUGAGGUUAUGGACAUUGUGCUACAUUGUGUGGAUCCUGGUCACCUGAAGAGUCGUGGGUUGAAUGAAGUGUUUCCAUCAAUCUGUGGUUUCCCGCAGGUGUCACACUGUCCACACACCAGACGAAUUGCCACUGGUGCCAAAAAUGGGAGUAUUGCAAUGUAUGAACUAAGAGCAUCCAAGUGCCAGAUGAUUCCUGGUCAUGGGAGUGCAGUAACAGCCCUCUCUUUCUCUCCGGAUGGCAAAUAUUUAGCGUCAUAUUGCAUGGGAGAAAACAAACUCUCCUUCUGGCAGACCUCGUCAGGAAUGUUUGGUCUUGGAGCUUCACAAACCAAAUGCACUAAAACCUUCUCAACUGCUCCUGUGCCUGACAUAGUGCGAAUGAACCCUCAACGGCUGCCGAAGUUGGUGUGGAUCUCAAACAAGACGGUGGUGCUCAUGAUGGCAGAUGGAACUGAGCAUAGGUUCAAUGCAUAGUCAUAGAUGGUAUAGGAACAAAUGAAUAAAAAAAAAUGUGUAGAUUUAAGGUUACACUUUUACAAAGGUUUAAGAAUACUGUACAUCCGAGGUGUUGAUCAGCCUUGCAAAGCAGAGAGUGUUUGUGAUGUUCAUGUAUGUUGUACAGUGGAAUUAGUUUUACUGCUUCAGAGUAUAGCAGUACCGCCAUUGAAGUUUUCUUUCUUUCUUUCUUUCUUUCUUUCUUUUCCCUCCUGUUAGCUUUUACUUUUUUAUAUAGAUAUAUAUAUAUAUUCCCAUGGCACCCCCAAAAACCCAUGUGAUAGCUCUUGUUUGGUUUGAUAUUAGGCUUGGGGAAUGUACCAUAAACCACUUUAUUGACUAAAACGAAAGUGUAUGCUUUUUGUAUACACUCCUGUUGAUUCUCUGUGCGAAGUUAUUGGUGAGUUAGUAUGCAGGAGCUAAUAUGACAUGCCUUACGAAUCUGCUGUUAUGUUGAAGAAAUGGUUGCUACUUAGCUGUAUGUCUUUUCUCCUUAAAUCCUUCUUUUGUAGAUGACUCAAUUAUAGGGAUCCUUAAAGCAAGAUCCUGCUUACUGGAGGACUCAGAGAUACUUAUGUGUGUGUGUGUAUAUAUAUAUAAAACUGUGAGGAGAACAUGUCAGUUCAGAGUGAGUGUUUUUUUUUUUUGUUUUUGUUUUUUCAAUUAUCCUAUGUAGGAUAGCUUGAUCAAGUAAUGGGUAGAGUUGUUAUUAUUGUGCUCAAUGCACCUUACAGCACCUCACAAGACAGUGAAGGUAGUGAAAGAUGUUCAGGUGAAUGAAUGAUGUUCACACUCCCCUGUCCAUAGUAAUUUACGCUUCACUUAGAACCCAGAUGAACUUGAGCAUUCUCUCAAUCAGACUAGAAAAAGUAUCACUUUUGUUGUAUUUUUGUCAAGGCUACAACCAAAGAGGUUUUUCACCUUGUAUAUAGAGUACUAGACUGACUGUACACCACUAGUCCUCCUCUCAGGAGUCUGGGGAAAAGUGCAACCAUUACAGCAGACCACCAAGCUAUUAGGUCACCAAAUGAAGCUUAAAGUUGGCUUCUCUAAAUUUGCAAUGGCAAAAGUAGAUUGGUUUAAUCUUUAACAUUUUCACAUUUCCAGAUCAGUUGUACCCAAUUAAGGUAGGGUGUUGAUGGAAGAUUUUUGUAACCCAUUUAGCAUAGCUGGCGUGAAAAUGUAUGCCUUUUGCCUUUUGUGAAAGGUGCUAUCUUGUAUUCAAAAUUAUUAUGUGCAGUUCUCUAAAAUAUAUAUAUAUCUUAAUCUGAAUACACUAGAAAAUUUGAUCUAAUGAUUUAUAGUGCCAGAGAACCAGAUAUCAAAAAUGUUUUGUUAUUCUUAAGUAAAGACAUAUUUAAAAA